CUUGUUCUUGGGAUUGCCAGAUCACAAACAUUGCUUUGGUGCUAUUUGCAUUUAUGGUAGCAUAAGACUCUGACUCAACCAAUAUUUAUUUAGUGUUUAUGGUGAGCAUUCACAUGUUUCACACCUCGCUUAAAUGCUGUUGUGCUUUUUAAUAUUGAAAAUAAGUGAUGAGUGAUGCUGAUGAAACUGUAAAAAAAAAAUGUACAACUGAUAAAUCUAUUAAAUGACCAUAGUUACAUAAAAGGAGAUAUCUAAAGUAGUAGUGCUGUGACGUCAAGUAGGUUCAUAACUUCUCUGACUUCCCCCCAAGUGGGGAUAGUAAUAUCUACUAUUAUAGCUUGUCAUCAAGUUCAAGUGGGGCAACAUAAUGAUGAAAGUGCUUUGUGAAUGGUAGAAUACUAUAUGAAUUUGUCAUGACAAAAAAUCAUUUCAUUAAUGAUUCAGUUUAGUGUUUACUCAGUACCUUCCAUCUGUCUUAGCAUUAGUAAGUAGGAGACAAGAUGAGUGUACAUUGAUCCUGGUUUGUGGAUCUGUGACAUACUAUGGCUCCCAGGAAGGAUCUAGGUGGGGAUGGCAAACCCUUGUGUUCAGUUAGGAAGUCCACCGUCCCAGAAGAGAUUACAAGCUUGGGCUGGAUAAAGCUAUGUUAGGCAUAUAGAAAUCAAAGCCAAAUAUUCAGAUGUGAGUGCUACAUAGAGUAGUAGUUCUCCCAAGGUAGUCCUUCAACCAGCAACAGGAGCACCACCUGGGAACUUGUUAGAAACGCAGAUUCUUCGGCCUACCACAGACCUCAGAAUCAAAACCUGGGAGUGGGGCCCAGCCAUCCUUGUUUUAAUAAGCUUUACAGAUGAUUCUGUGGUUUGUGAGUUGCUGAGAUGACGAGCCAUGCUGAGGAGCAGGAAAGUUGAUAGGAGAGUUGCCUUGGAGAUAGCACAUUAUUGGGGAGGUUAGGACUCAGGGCCUGUGGGCACAGGCAAGGGCAGGAACACUAGCCUGAGGCCAGAUUUUAUUUAAUUGUCUCACUGUGGUCUGAGAGAGCUGGCCCUUAGUGAUGAAUGUGAGGAAUAAAGGGACCCUCAUUCAUCAGGGACACAACAUGUGCUCCUGGACUGCCCUUUCUCCCAUCAUGCUCUUUGACUGCACUUCUCUACAUGUCGACCAUAUCAGAUUUCUACUAUUUCUAGAGUAUAUGUUGUGUUUUCCUCUUUAUUUUUUCAACAUGAAAUAAAUUAGGAACACAAAAAUGUAAAGAGGAAAAAUAAUGAACGCUCAUGAAUCUACACAGCCUGAGAAAUAAAAUGUAACAGGGAGAAUUCAGGCCCUUUCCACCCAUCAUUACUCGUGUUCUUUUUUUGUAGUUGGGAUCACCUCAUAAAGAUCAAAUCUGUACUUACCAAAUCCUGUCCCAUCUUGAAGUGGUCCACCCACGUGUCCUCUUCUCUACCUAGUGAGCUGAUAGAGCAGUGAGUUUUUCAGGGUCAUGUUACAGUAAGCUGAGUCUCAUAGGCUAAUUCAGGAAGCAAAAGUAUCUCUGAAGGAAUUAAAAUGCAUAGAAAUUACGGCUGUUUUUAAAAUUUAUUUAGGCAGAAGACUAUUUCAAACUCUUUAAUUUCUUGGUUUCCCUUCUUUCCUUGUCCCCUGUCCCAGCCUCAGGCAGUGAUUUCUCAAGAAGGAAGCUUGUUGGAUGGCUACUUUCCAUGCUUACGUUUGGAAGCCUAAUAGACAGUUACUCAUGUUAUUGAAAUUAUACUUUAAGAAAACACUUAUUCUCAUUUUGCUAUUCAGAAGAACAGAAACAUGCUCUAUGCAGUUCCGUGUUGGGGCCACAGAGCUCCAUUUAGUCAGGAGAGUUUGGUGGCCUACUGACUACGUGCUGUCUAGGUGGUUUUCUAUUCUCUCUCUCUUUCUCUCUCUCUCUCUCUCUGUCUCUUUCUUUUUCUCUCUCUUUCAGUAGAUAAAAGAAAAUCACCCUCUUCCGGCAAAGUUCUUGCAAGCUCUUUUGGAGACAUAAAGGAAUGUGUCUGAUGUGCCUUUACAGAAUCUACUGCAUUCAUUCGAAGGCAAGUUCUACAGAUAUUUUGGAGUAUUCGUCAGAUAGUGAAAAAGAAGAUGACUUAGAGAAUGUCUUGGUCAUUGAUUCAGAAUCCUCUCGUGAAUACCACAUGGAUUUUGGAUCAGAUGGAAGACAGGUUAUGGAGAGACUGAAAAACCCAAGGGUGAAAUCUACAGAGACCAUUUUGUAUACACCCCAGAAACAGACAAAGUUCCCUAGGACUCCAGAAAAGUCAGCAAAGAAGAAAAAGCUUUUAAGAGGCGGGCUAGCAGAAAGACUAAAUGGACUGCAGAAUCGAGAGAGAUCUGCCAUUUCUUUGUGGAGACAUCAGUGUGUUUCUUACCAAAAGACACUUUCAGGUAGAAAAUCUGAUAUAUUAAUUGUGAAAAUUCUAGAGCUACAUGAGGAAUGCUCCAUCCAAAUUGCCAUAUGUGAGCAGUUAGUGGAGCUGCAGGCUGACAGCCCUUCUCAAGGUGAGGCCCCUGGGACUAGCCUGAAGGUUCUCUUCACCAAGGAGACUGCACACUACCUCAGGGGACAUCCCCAAGACAUCGUCCAUAUCUACCCUCCCUGGCAAAAGCUUAUUAUGCCAAAUGGAAGUUUCCCUGUUAUUCUGAAUACUUAUUUUUGUCAGAAAGUUGUUGCCAAAGAAGAUUCAAAAACAACACAUGAAAUGCACUGUUGGGACGUACCCCUUCCAAGAAGAAACAUCACUUUAGCCCAGAUGUUUAGAUUUAAGAGUCCAACAAAUAAUUCACCUGAAAACCAGGUUAGGUGUAGUGGUCUCACCGCCAUGGGGACACACUGGACCCACGGGCACAAAGAAGCAAAACAGCACUACCCAGCUCAGGCUCCCCUGAGGGAUUCUCUCCUGGAUGCAGUAGAAAACCAAGGAGCCACCACAUUGUCAGGAGGCGGAGUCCGAGUGGUGGUGCAGAGAGUGUACUCUCUUCCCUGCAGGUGUCAGCAGGGAGGUGGCUCAGCUGCUUCCCCAGGCUCAGACCCACCUAAAGUUCGAGUCUGCCUUCUUGUACAGGAUGCCUAUGGAAUGUUUGGUGAAGUAUACUCAGAGGGCACCAUCUUGAAGAAUAGACAAUUGGAAGGGAAGUCCUGCAGACUGGCAGGAAUGAAGGUUCUACAAAAGGCCACCAGAGGAAGGACAGCAGGACUUUUCAGUUUGAUUGACAUCAUGUGGCCUCCAGUGAUAUCUCUGAAAGCAGCUGGCUACACCCAGGCCUGUGAAGAGCAGGUAAAAGCUCAUCUCCCUCCUCCUAGCUUCUGUUACGUCCUCACUGCUCAUCCAAAUCUGGGACAAAUUGAUAUAAUUGAAGAAGACCCCAUUUCUAAGCUUUACCGGCCUCCAAUUCCUCACUGCUUAAGAGAAAUUCUCCAGACUGAUGAUCUCAGUACCUGUUGCAGUUUCUAUGCCAGAGUGAUUUAUCAAAGACCACAGCAAAGGGAGAUUUGUCUGGUGGUGACUGAUGUCACCCUGCAAAUGCAAGAUGAGAAUAACUCUGGCCUCCCCAAAACCGUCCCAGUCUGUGUGGCCUCCUCAUGUGUACUGGACCCAGAAGUCCUGGAAGCGCUCAGUGAGGCUGCCCCCCACACCUUCCUCUUCAAGGAUGCUCUCCGAGACCAGGGUCAGAUUGUUUGUGUUGAACGAACUGUCCUCAUGCUUCAAAAGCCACUUUUGGGUGUGGCCUCUGAUGCUUGCUCCUGUGAGCUGACUGGCCCUGUGAAGCUCGAUGAACUGGAUUCUGUUACUCAGGUCAACUCCAUUUGCAGCGUUCAAGGCGCUGUGGUUGGUGUGGACGAGAGCACUGCCUUCUCGUGGCCUACGUGUGACCUGUGUGGCAACGAGAGAUUAAAACAGAGCCCAGAAGACAGAGGCGCCUUUUCCUGUGGGGACUGCUCCCGUGUGGUCACCUCUCCUCUUCUCAGAAGACACCUGCAGGUCUUCCUGGACUGCCCCUCGCGACCCCAGUGCACAGUGAGGGUCAAGCUGCUGCAGAGCAGUAUUGCUUCACUCCUGAGGUUUGCCGCCUGCGAUGAUGGGACUUAUGAAGUGAAGAGUGUCCUCGGAAAGGAGGUGGGGUUGUUAAACUGUUUCGUCCAGUCCAUAACCACCCAUCCGACCAGCUGCAUUGGAUUGGAGGAGAUUGAGCUCCUGAGUGCAGGAAGAGCCUCUUCAGAACACCGUCAGUUGCCAUAGGAUCUGUGAACUUUGCAAUGUGGCUGCAGGGGGGGUGGUGGUGGUUUUUGGUAGUUAUUUGUUAACUAUGGGCAGAGUGAACGUAUUUUAUGAUCUUGAAAUGGAACUUAGAUUUUUCUAGGGCAAAUGUUAAGUAAAAUGGUUUUGUGAACUAUAAAUCAAAAUACUUUUCUCUAUGGUUAUAUAUUUUUUAUUAUCUUUCUGCAAAUUUAGGAACAUGUUAUUAAAGCUUAAAUAAGCUUGAGGUCUUUACUUUGUAUUAUAGCAGAAAAAAGUAUUUUGUUCAAUUGUAAUUUUUCAGUGUUUAAAAUUUUACCAUGAUUCAACACGUUUUUCUUGUAUUUAACAUUCCUCCAAAGAAUACCCUGCAAAGCUUAAACCUUUGUCCUACAUUGUGAUAUUUCUCUACAAUAAAUGUCCAAACUAAGCA